GAAAAAUGGCCGACCGCCGUAAUGCCGCCAGUGACGUGGACGACAGUUCGUGUCAGAACUUGAAGUACAAGGGUGUCAGAAAGCGCAAAUGGGGCAAGUGGGUCUCCGAAAUCCGCCUGCCCAACAGCCGUGACCGUAUUUGGCUUGGUUCUUACGACAAACCCGAGAAGGCGGCGCGUGCUUUCGACGCGGCCCAGUUCUGCCUACGUGGCCCCAAUGCCAACUUUAAUUUCCCCGACAGCCCGCCGGACAUCGCCGGCGGCCACCGGCUUACCUCUCCGGAGAUCCGGGCCGCCGCCGCCAAGUUCGCGGAAGACCGGACUGCGAGUAGUGAUGAUAAUAAUAAUGUUCUGGCCGGGGAAGUACGCCCCGAGGAGCGUGAUGGUGGUGCCGCCGGUGUUGACGGUGGCGCGUUCGUUUGGCCGGAGCUGGACGGCGGUUGGGAACCUGAUUUUGAUUAUUUUAUGGGUCGGAAUGAAAUGCUUUACGAUAGUGAUAUUAUUUUUCCGGUACAAGAAGAUAUGGAGGAGGAUGAGUUGGUUGAUAGUGGAGGGUAUUUUUAUCACGAGUCUAAUUUCCUGUGGAACUUUGGUAAUCAUUGAGCCUA